GCUUACUGUGCAGGACAGAACUUACAAAAAGCGUGGUGCUCCCUGAACUAAUAGAACUCUCUAGGGAUGAAGGCAGCAGUGUGCGUCUUGCAGCUUUUGAAACUCUGGUUAAUCUGCUUGAUGUAUUUGAUACAGAUGACAGAAGUCAAACUAUACUUCCCUUAGUGAAAUCAUUUUGUGAAAAAUCUUUCAAAGCAGAUGAAUCAAUUCUUAUUUCCUUAUCUUUCCAUUUAGGAAAACUAUGCCAUGGACUAUAUGGAAUUUUUACUCCAGAUCAACACUUGAGAUUUUUGGAGUUUUAUAAGAAACUCUGUACAUUGGGUUUGCAACAAGAAAAUGGACACAAUGAAAAUCAGAUUCCACCCCAAAUCCUAGAGCAGGAGAAGAAAUAUAUUUCUGUCCGGAAGAACUGUGCUUAUAAUUUCCCGGCCAUGAUUGUGUUUGUUGAUCCUAAAAACUUCCACAUGGAACUCUAUUCUACAUUCUUCUGCCUUUGUCAUGACCCUGAAGUACCAGUCAGAUAUACUAUUGCUAUUUGCUUUUAUGAAGUAUCUAAACUUCUGAAUUCUGGAGUAUUUUUAAUACAUAAAGAAUUAAUAACAUUAUUACAAGAUGAAUCACUGGAGGUACUAGAUGCUCUUAUAGAUCAUCUUCCAGAAAUCCUUGAACUUAUGUCUACUGGUGGAGAAAGCACUAUUCAAGAAAAUAAGUUAUCAUCUCUGCCUGACUUGAUCCCAGCCCUCACAGCUGCUGAGCAGCGAGCAGCAGCCUCCUUGAAAUGGAGAACUCAUGAGAAGCUACUACAGAAAUAUGCCUGUCUGCCGCAUAUCAUAUCAAGUGAUCAGAUUUAUUAUCGUUUCUUACAAAGAAUGUUCACCAUCAUGAUGACAAAUAAUGUCUUGCCUGUUCAAAAGGCAGCUUCACGAACUCUAUGCAUUUUUCUGCGUUAUAAUCGUAAACAAGAACAGAGACAUGAGGUCAUUCAAAAAUUAAUUGAACAACUGGGCCAAGGAAAAAGUUAUUGGAAUAGACUUCGAUUUUUGGAUACCUGUGAAUUUAUUAUAGAGAUCUUUUCCAAAUCAUUUUUCUGUAAAUAUUUCUUUCUACCUGCUAUUGAACUGACACAUGAUCCUGUGGCAAAUGUGAGAAUGAAACUUUGCUACUUGUUGCCCAAAGUGAAAUCUACCCUGAAGAUCCCUGCAGAUAAGCAUCUACUUCAGCAGUUAGAAAUGUGUGUGAGGAAACUCCUCUGUCAAGAAAAAGAUAAGGAUGUUCUGGCUAUUGUAAAAAGAACCGUGUUAGAGCUGGACAGAAUGGAAAUGUCCAUGGAUGCGUUUCAGAAAAAGUUUUAUGAAAAAGAUUUGUUGGAUCAAGAGAAAGAAAGAGAAGAACUACUUAUUAUGGAAAUGGAACAAUUAGAGAAAGAGAAGCAACAGAAUGAUGGGAGGCCCAUGAGUGAUAAAACCUUUGAAAAGAAACGUAGAGACACUAAGACACCAACAACUCUGCCUAAGAGCAUCCCUAUUUCUGUUCCUGGACCUUCUGGAACAAGCACCCCAUCGACAAGCAAAGAAAUCAAGAAAUCCAAACUGAUUCGAAGCCAGUCUUUUAACAAUCAAGCUUUUCAUGCAAAAUAUGGCAACUUAGACAAGUGUCCUAGUAAAAGUUCUACAGCAGGAUAUACACCUUCUGUCUCAGGGUUAGGAAAGAUUUCGGUGAUUUCACUGACUGAUGACUCAUUCCGCGCUCGCAGUGCCAGUAGCAUUCCGACUUCCUUUUCUCCCAGUCCUUCCCUACCGAGCACCUCCCGUGGGGCAGGUAACUCAGCUGAUCCAAAGAGCAGUGGAAGCAAAGACGCGCAACCACGAAAGGCUCCCUUAAAAUCGAGAAAAUCCAAUCCUUAAAUCAUCUGCUUGAUGAAGGAAGCAAAACAAAGACAACUGGAGAUAAUGUGAUUGAUGGACAAAAGCUAAAGCAAAUGGCUGGGCUUUUCUUUUUCUUUUUCUUUUUUUUUUUUUUUUUGGUUAAUGAAUGGAAAAGAGACACAUAAUGGCAGCUGAUGUUGAUAAACUUUCCAUAUUUGAAAUUAGAUUCCCUAGGAGGUAUACUAUGUAUUUCUUGAGUAAUAAUGUGGUUACAGAAUUCCAAUGUCAUAGUGAAGUGCAAUGAAAAACAACUUUAGCUAUACGCUUUUAGCCCUGCUGCAGAAGAGACCAGUCUCCAUUCAUCUGUGCAGGAAACCAUCUAUUUAACUGUUCUAGAGUUUUAGCACUCAAAAAUUAUAUGGAAGUCCAAAUCAACUGAAAUUGCUUUAGCUAAUCACUUGGAAGGGCCUGGGGAGUAAGAAGGACAUUGCAUCUUCUCACAAAUCUCCAAGCCCAAUUAAAAAGUCACACUGAAAAGGGUAUGAACAGCAGUUUAUCAGUCCUAUGAUGGUGGUGACAGUGUUGUAACUGGACAUUCUGAAAUUUCAAUUUGGCAAUGAAAAUUCUACCAAGGUUUCUGAUAACUUGUAGCUUACAACUACCUUAAAAAUAAUAGAUCGAUGAUUUCAUUUCCUAGAAGAAUUUAUUUUAUAAGUACUUUGUUUACAUUGUAGAUUGUAUUUGUCCUUAAUUUAAAAUGAUGAAUCUAGUUUGAAUCAGCUGUUACUCCAAGCUAUCAUGCUUAAGCUAUGUCAACAGCAUUUAUUUGUACUAAUGCUAAUAUUUCCAUAAAAAUUUGCCUGUGGAACAUAUACAAUUCUUAAUUUUAAAAUGUCAGUUCUUGAGAUAUACUGUAUGAAGCUAUUGUCAGCUUCUCCAUUUCAAAAUGCAAUCAGCAUAUAACUAUAUUGAUAUUAGAAAAUAUUUGUUUUUUAAAAUAUAUUGAUGUAUGAUAAAGAUGAUCUAAUUUGUGAAUGCAUAUGCGUGUGUGGUUACUUUUUAUAAUGUGAAAUAAUGAAUAAUGAAUUUACUCAAAAUAAAACAUAGGUUAAUGAGA